AUCCGCAUUACGUUUUAGUAAUGGCAGUGGGGGUCAUUAUCAGCUGAUUAUUUUUUUUUGUUCGUGAAUCGUUGUGGUAUUUCGUAAAGCGGACGUAGUUAGAGCUAAUCGCCUGCGUAAUUCACGGCAGGGUAAUUUAAAUGUUGUGUAUGUCGAAAAUGGAAUAAUGACAUCAAAAUCCGAGAUAAAUCUCCAAAACUUCUAUGUUUACAAUUCGUCAUUCGGUCAGAAGGAAGGAGAGGAGGAUAAAAAGAUUUUGUUCUAUUAUCCGCCAAAGACUGAUUUUGAUACGCAGAUGAAAAAUGUUGGACUUAGUGAAGCAAUUAUUAAAUUCACAGAUACCUUCAAUGCAGAUCAGUUGUGUGAUGCACUGCAUACACAGAAGACGAGGCAAUUGUAUCAUCAGGCAGAACAAGGAUUCUGGAUGGUCAUGACACUGAGUAUUCCAUUUGUGACCAAAGUGAAGGAUGGAACUGAAUAUUUGGAGUAUCAAAGUGAUGAUGUUCAAGACAACGUUUACCUUGCUGUCUUGCGACAGUCAUACCAGAUGUUCCGUCUCUUCAAAGGUUCCUUCACUGCUAUUCUUAGUAGCAGUGGGGCUGAUGUGACACAUCUCAAACAAAAACUAGACCACUUCUUCUCCAGGUACUUGCUUACUUUGAAGCUGAACCACUCGGAUAUCCUAGACGUAUUCCAGGGUAUCCAGUUUCUUCCUCUUGAUAAACAAACUUUUCUUCAUGUCCAGUGCUUCGUUAAUCUGAUAGAAGCAACAUUCGCUCAAGUGAAACAAACAGCAUUUCUCUACAACGAUCAGUUAGUUUGGACUGGCAUAGAACCUGAAGAUAUGCAAGUUAUAUAUAGGUACUUGGUCACAAGUCUCUUACCUGCACAUCUGGAGACAGAGCUUCAGGGUGGCUCUAUGCCAAGGCAUCCUACAUCACCAUUCUCAAGCUCUCAUUAUGGCAGAUUUGUUACAGGUCCUCCAAACCUCCAAGAUGCUUCUGGAAAUAGUUGGAAAGUUCCAAAGGUUUACAUCAAUAAUGACAUGACACCAGAACUGUAUCAUCUGGUUGUGUACAGAGCUCUUAGUGCAACUGUGUGUAUGUUUAUUGAAGGCUCCCUACAGUUGAAUCUUGACUUCUUCAAACGUCUGGAUAUUUUCCUGGGACCACAUCUAACAACGUUAGUAUCGGAAGUUGCGGAACAUUGCAGCAGGCAAGCUGCUAGCAGCAGCACAAAUUCUGUGGAUCCCAGCCCAAAGUUUGUAUACUUCAAUAAACUUAAUCUGGCUCAGAAAAGUACAGUGCAUCUCGACAACAGACGAAGUGGUAAUGUUGCAGUAACUCCAGAAGUUCUGCGGUUACUUGCAGAUAUCAAUGCUGAUAAAACAAGAAUGUCCACAACUGGAGAAAUAAUACUGAAGACGAUGAGUGAUUAUUGGGUUGUGGGCAAACUGUCCAAUCUCCGGGAAUUUUAUGUUGUAAUCCAUCAAAAGAAUGCCAACCUCAUAGAAAUAAAUGAUGAAGUGAAGAGGCUAAGUGACACUCAGCUUCAUAACAUAUUCUUCCACGAUUAAAGUGAUGGCCAGUUAGUGAAACUUUAAUUUGAGGGUUGCUAUGGCACAUUAUUACAUUAUUAUGUGAAUUCUAGUGUACUUUUAACAUCCAUUCCAAGUGUACUAUAAAUUUGGUGUAAUUAUCAUACAUCCAUUUUACUAUGUAAAUGUGUUGUUAUUAAAAAAUAAAUAUUUUACAGAAUA